GAAAUUAUAUUCCUCAGCGACCAUGCUACACUAAUCUGAAAUGGAAACAUAACUAAUCUGGCUUUAUAUGCACACAAUAAGAUGGAAAAUAUAUCUAAUUAUCAUUUACAGGAUAAUAAUGAUCGAGAAAUAAAAGAGACCAAAACGGAGGAUGACCUAGAUAAAAGUGUGAAAUAUUUCAUUGAACCUGUUAAAAGUACCGUUCACUUUGAUGAUGUAAUAUGUCCUCCUGAAAUAAAGAAGCAAUUGCUUGAAUGCACAAUAUUUCCUUUGAAAUUUCCAAAAUUAUUUCCAACACCAAUUAAAAAGACGCUUGUUUGCGGUGUAAAUGGAGUUGGAAAGACGUAUCUGAUUAAAUCUAUCGCUAGCAUUGCAGAAAAUAUAUCUCUAUUUCAUAUUCAUCCUGCAGAUUUUAUGACAGGACAAGCUUCCGACGGAGGAGAGUUAGUUAAGAGGUUUUUCAACUUUGCAAGAGAGACUAAGCCAUGCAUAGUUUUCUUAGAUGAUUUGGAAUUUCUCACUAACGAAGUGGUUGAGGAAAGUUCCAGAGUUUAUAGAAUAGUAACAGAAUUAUUAGUUCAAAUAAAUGGUGUCGCUUUUGAUAAUAACAAUGGACUUUCUAUAGUGGGAGCUUGUGGUGCUCCGUGGAAAUUAUGUUCUAUUGUUCGGAGGAAAUUUGCAAAAAUCGUCUAUCUUCCUCUUCAAGAUAGAGAUUCUAGAACAUUAAUUAUUAAAAAUAAUAUGAAAGAUUUACGUAGUAAUCUAAAGGCAGAAGAUUUUGCAAAGCUGGGUUUAUUAACCGAACGAUUUUCCGCUAGUGAUUUAACAUGCUUUGUUCGGGAAGUUUCCUUUGAUUUCAUUAACAUUUUGAGAAAUGCUACUCACUUUAAAAAAGUUACUGGACCUUCACCAGAGAACAAGGAAAUUAUAGACACUGAUCUUUGGCUACCUUGCGAAUCAGACGACUGCGAUGCAGUAGAAAUGACUUUUGAAGAUGUUCCGGAAGGGAAAUUCUCAACAAUUGAAAUUUCGAUGGAAGUUGUGUUAAAAAUAUUCAAAAAAUACAAACCAACAAUUUCAAGUGAAGAAGUAGAGAGAAUUGAAGAAUUUGUCAAUCGUUAUGCCAAUACUUAA